AUGAGUAAUACUCCUCAAGGCAUUGUUGCUGUCGUUGGCGGUGGACUCAGUGGAUUGUCUGCUGCAAAAGCGAUCGUUGAUGCAGGGGGAGAAGCUAUUGUGUUCGAAGCUAAUGAUCGGGUUGGUGGGAGAACACUUACCAAGACUCUGGAUUCGAAAGCAACUGGUGGUUUCGGAUGGGUCGACUUGGGAGGCGCGUUUGUUGGACCUUCUCAAAAUGCGGUUUUGGGACUAAUUGAUGAGCUCGGGAUCAAGACGUACAAGAUUCACUCGGAACAGGAUUGGCUGGUCUUCGCGAAUGGGAAACGCACCCAAUACAGUGUUUUGUUUUACAAACUGAAAGCAUAUUUGUUUUGUGGAGGUCAAUGGCCGGUGUGGAAGAAUCCGUUCGCUUGGUGGGAUUUGGUUCGGGGAAUGAAGAAGUUCGAAGAUAUGGUGUGGAAAGUGCCUCACGAUGAGCCAUGGACUUGUGAGCGUGCGUUGGAAUGGGAUUCGAUGACCGUCGAGGAAUGGAGUGCAGCUACGUUUUGGACGCAAGAAGCUAAGGACUUCUUUGAAAUUCAAGUUUCGACAAACGUCACUGAUGCGCCGUGUCAGGUCAGCCUUUUGUGGUACCUGUGGUACGUGCGAAGUGCCGGAGGGUCUUACAUGAUUUGGAAUGCGGAUGGCGGUGCUCAAGAGCGCAAAACUAUUGGAGGCAGUCAAUACAUUUCCAUUGGUUUGGCUGCCAAACUCGGCUCUCGAGUGUUGAAAAAUAGCCCGAUUGCAUCCAUCGAUUUCUCGGUCAACAACCAAGCCCGGAAAGAAGAUGCCCUCAACUGUAUCGUAGUAAAAACGAUAGGAGGAGAAGAAUAUCGUGUGGCGAGAGUUAUUGUGGCUACUCCGUUGCCGACGCAAAACUCCAUUUCUUACAACCCUCCGAUUUCACCGCGUCGUCGGCAACUCGUCCAGCGAGUGCACAUGGGAAUGUGCAUCAAGUGUGAACUGUAUUACGAGAAACCCUUCUGGAAAGAAACAGGACUGAACGGUUUCGUGUCAUGUAUCGGAGAAAAUAUGUACACGCAUAAUUGCGUGGAUGAUUGCGUACCCGGAGUCGGCGGCGGAGCAAUUACAGUUUUUUGCUUUGGUGAAAGAGCUAUGGAUUUGAGUUCUAGACCUGUGGAAGAACGGAAACGUUUCUUGGGUGAGAACUUGGCACGAUCUUCGGGUCUCGAAGGUUUCAAACAUCCUAUUCAUUAUGAGGACCAAGCGUGGAUGAAAGAGCCGUUUAUCGGUGGCUGCUAUACGAGUUGUUAUCCACCGGGCGUCAUGUCUAUGCUCGGAUCUGAAAUCCGUAACCCUGCCCUUGACGAAGCCGGACAACAGCGCAUUUUCUGGGCCGGUUCGGAGAGCGCAACCUUGUGGACUGGCUACAUGGAUGGAGCUAUCCGUGCCGGACGCAGGGCAGCUAAUGAAGCGUUGAUCAGUUUAGGAGCGAACGUAAGAAAGUACUCGGAAGCGGACGAAGACAAAAUCAACAUUUUGGCAGUUCCGGAAAUUAAACUGAGUUUCUGGGAAAGGGCUGCAUUGCCGCUACCGGUUGUUGCGAUUGCGCUGUUUGCCACUGUGCCUGUGCUUGCCCUUGGAUCAGCUGCAUUAUUGACGAAACGUUCCCCACUUGAUAUCAUGACGAAAAUGACCGACCGGUUGAUCAACUGCUGGGCAGCGUUGAAGUUCAAAGGUUGUUGCACAGGCGAAAUGAGUCGAGGGGAUCUGUGCUUUUUAUUAUUGGCCGUUGCAGCAUGGUUAACUGGAGUUGAUGCGCUAUGGUGUUACAGCUGUGUUGGAACUCAUCCGGGUUGUGGAGAAGUCUUCGAUUAUCGUUGGCACUGGAGCAGAGUUUGCGAAGGAUAUGACGAUAAAUGUGUCAAGAUAAUCGAGAAAAAGCAUGGCAAUACAUUAAUUACGCGUGGAUGUUUGUCGGAAUUCGAGCAGUUCCGACGCGACAUUCCGGCCGACAGGUACGAAGGCUGUCGUUCUGCCGCGAAAGACGUCAAGCUGGGUCACUACGUCAACAACACCAUUAAGGAACUCGACAUCGACAGGACGCACUACGACGACGUGACUUUCUGUUUCUGUGACUUCGAUGAACGCUGCAAUUCUGGGAUCGGCUUGCAAGUACCUUCCUUCCUCGUGGUUUCUGCGAUCACGUUUAUUUUAUUGGCGAGAUGAACUGGAAAACGGAGCAACGCGGUAAUAGUUUUAUAUACUUUUGUUAUUUAAUCGUUGCGAUUUUGUCGCUGGGGGAACCGAUACCGUCCACGUCAGCUCCCGUGUUCAAAAUUUUUUCCAAGGCAUGUUUUUUUUUUUAUUUUUAAUCGAGCGACGGUUUAGAUCGCGAGAAAUAAGUCCGUCCUAUUCAUCUCAUGUUUUCCGCGAGUAUUUGGGUAUUUUAUGACGUGUUGUUUGUUGAAAACGCGUGUGAAACGAUUGUGCUUAUGCUCAUUCGACAUAUAAAGCUUUUAAUGCACUU